AAAUCAGGGGAGCUGGUUGCUGUGAAGGUCUUUAACAAUGCCAGCUACCUCCGGCCCCAGGAGGUCCAGAUGAGAGAGUUCGAGAUGCUGAGGAAGCUGAACCAUAAAAACAUUGUCAAAUUAUUUGCCGUGGAGGAGACGGGCAGCAGCAAGCAGAAGGUGCUGGUGAUGGAGUACUGCUCGAGCGGCAGCUUGCUGAACGUGCUGGAAGACCCAGCGAACGCCUUUGGCUUGGCCGAGUCCGAGUUCCUCAUCGUGCUGCAGUGCGUGGUGGCAGGGAUGAACCACCUCCGCGAGAACGGCGUUGUCCACAGAGACAUCAAACCCGGGAACAUCAUGCGGCUGAUGGGGGAGGACGGGCAGAGCAUCUACAAGCUGACGGAUUUUGGAGCCGCCCGAGAGCUGGAUGAUGACGAAAAGUUUGUGUCUCUCUACGGGACGGAGGAAUACCUCCACCCGGACAUGUACGAGCGCGCGGUCCUGCGCAAGCCGCAGCAGAAGGCGUACGGCGUCACCGUCGACCUCUGGAGCAUCGGUGUCACCUUCUACCACGCCGCCACCGGCAGCCUCCCCUUCGUCCCCUUCGGGGGACCUCGCAGGAACAAGGAGACCAUGUACAAAAUUACCACCGAGAAGCCUCCCGGGGCCAUCACAGGGGUCCAGAGGCAGGAGAACGGGAGCAUCGAGUGGGGCUACGAGCUGCCCGUCACCUGCCGGCUCUCCGCGGGGCUGAAGGACCAGCUGAUACCCAUUUUGGCUAACAUCCUGGAGGCGGAUCAGGAGAAAUGCUGGGGAUUUGACCAGUUUUUUGCAGAAACCAAUGACAUUUUGCACAGAAUCGUGGUCGACGUCUUCUCCCUGCAGCAGGCUUCCUUGCAUCGCAUCUACAUCCACUCCUACAACACUACCACCAAGUUUUUAGAUGCUGUCUUCAAACAAACCAAUAUAGUCCCUCACCAUCAAGAAUAUUUUUUUGAAGGCCAUCUGUAUGAGCUGGAUCCUAAUCUACAAGCUCAUAAUUUCUGCAAAACCACAGAGCACAACCCUCUGACCUUGCUGAGCACCGCUGAGCAUCCAGAAGACGUGGUAGGAGUGAGAUACAGAGACCCGGCGCUGGAGUUUCCAAAAUUUGUCCCCAAGGUGGACGUGGUGGCUGACUGCAGUGCAGCCAAGAGCGCGGUGGGCGCCGGGCACCAGACGCUGCGCAUCGCCCAGGCCCUGCGGCGCUGCCGGGAGCUGCUGGCGAGGGGUCUCCACUGGGUGAUUGGGAACCUGAAAACGGAGUGCUUGAGGAUUUUGGAGCAGAGGAGAGGGGCUCUUUCGGUGCUCGCCUGCCUGCAGCUGACUGAGGUGAAGACCUGUGUGCUGUACGAGGCCGUUCCUGCAGGCAGCGGGGUGCCGGCUCUGAAGGAGGUGGCCGUGGUACAAGUCUCUGAGGAGCUCUCCCAGUGCUCCCGCAACAUCUUUGACUUCCAAGGGGCGCUGGACGGCAUUUUGUCUGAACUGGUGAAGCACCGGCAGCAAGUGCAUGAAGACAAGAGCAUCCGGCAGAUCGAGUGCUGCCUGGAGAAGAUGCAGCUGAUCUACAGGCAGUUCAAGAAGGCCAGGACGUGUCUGCGGCUGGGCUACAAUGAGGAACAAAUACACAAGCUGGAUAAGGUGAAUUUAGGGCAUCUGGCCAGGAAGGUUCUGCUGAUUUUCCAGGACGACUGUGUCCAGCGGUACCAGGAGGCUCUGGCCCUCCACGGCAGCAGGAUGAGGAAAGUUUGUGAGAUAAAGAAGCAUCUGAAGAGGCUCAGCAACCGCAUCAGCGCCUGCAGCGUGGAGACGAUGGAGUGCCAGGACUCCCUGCAGAGCGCUCUGGACAGGUUUCUCCAAACAGAGAAGCAGAGUUUGGCUCCGGUUCCCCCCACGCCUUCGCCCGUCCACCUGAGCCAGGAGAUGGCUUUUCGGAUGCAGGAGCUCCUGGAGCAGAUGAGGUCAGUAACUUGUGAUCUCCAGUUCAACAACAGCAUCAUCGAGCGGUUAAGCGGGGCUGCCCCCGCUCCCGGUGUUUGA